CGCUGACUUAUAACCUUUUGGUCCUAAGGGGACACUCAUUUCUGUAACGUCAAUAUGAUACUCCGGUCUUUGGUGCGGAUUUUGGCGAUUCUAAUCGCUCUGUGUAGGGGGUAUGUAAACACUGCUGAUAUAAACAGGAUCGCGAAAGAUCUCAAAAUAACUUAUGAUGUUGUGCGCAAUGGAGUCCUUACCCCAUAUGCAACAGUGACGUAUUUUGCCAACGUCACUCUAGAGAACAUUGGAAGUGUGCCAAUUCCUGCAGCAGGAUGGAGUAUCUAUUUCUGCCAUCAUACACUUAUCCAACCCGUGUACUACAACGCUACAAUCAAUCAGUACAUCGGAGGAGGGCUCAUUUUGUCAGGCAACAUCACUCUUACACACGUAAAAGGAUGUAUGUUUAAAUUUGACCCAUACAAUGGUGAUAACAAACUUUUCCAGAACCUUCCCUUAAAACCUGGGGAUCUCCGAAAUGUUUCUUUUCUUGCCUCUAACUGGGCCAUUUCACGUUAUGACGUUUAUCCGAACUGGUAUCUAUCCAACGGCACUCAUCAUGAAAUAAUUGAGAACACAAAAAGCCCGGAUGUAACUUUCGUUUCCCCCCACAAGACUUUCGUUGAAUUCAUGAGAGGAAUUCCGAACGACGUGAUGGGCAUACCCCCGACUCCGUUUGAAAGGUACAGAGGAUACAACUUUACCGAUCUGGACAACAUUAAAAGUUCUAUAUUACCGACCCCCCUCAAACAGAUGAUCGGAAAUAAAACCAUAACCAUUGAUAAGAGAUGGAGAAUUGAUCGAGAUCGUUUUAGAAUUCUCUCUGACGUCGCUAAAUAUCUGCAAAAGUCUAUAAAAGGAACCAAAAUUAGAAACCUGAAAAGCACUUCUAACAAAGUGAUACAACUUAAAAUGGAGCAGAAUUCUACAACGGGAAACCCAGAAGGAUAUACAAUGAACAUCACUGCUAACCCUGACCGGGUAGAAAUUAUCGGGAACUCAGUAGGCGGGGUCUUUAAUGGAAUCCAGUCCCUCUUCAGUUUGCUGGCAUUUGGGGGUACCAUACCCACAAUGACAAUCACAGACGAGCCGAGGUUCGGUCACAGAGGCUUGUUGCUAGAUCUGGCCAGGAACUUUUUCCCUAAAUCAACUGUCAUUAAACUGCUGGAAGUCAUGGCCCUUUUUAAACUCAACAAACUUCAGUUAAAUUUAGCAGAUGAUGAAGGAUGGCGACUAGACAUUGAGACACUUCCUGAAUUAGCAAAGGUUGGAGGGAGGCGUUGUCAUGACCCAGAAGAGAAGACAUGUUUGUUUUCUCAGUUAGGGUCUCAUCCAAAUGGAAGUGGACUAGGGUCAGGAUAUUUCACCAAGACAGACUACCUAGAUAUUCUCAAGGCAGCCAAAGACCGCAACAUUGAGAUCAUCCCCAGCAUCAACAUAGCGGGUCGGGCACGGGCUGCCAUCAUCGCGAUGAACGAGUAUUCGAGGCGAACUAACACGACUGAUUACAACCUCCACGAUAAACACACCGAACACGUAUACCUCACCGACACGCUGUUCGAUGAUUCGGCCAUCAACCCUUGCAUGCCGUCCACUUUCAAGUUUUUUGACACUGUAUUGAAGGAGAUCAAAUCCUAUCACACGGAGGCGAAGAUCCCGCUAGAACAGAUCAACAUUGGAGGAGACGACUCGCCUGCUGCCUCAUGGCUUAACUCCUCUUACUGUAAAAUGGAUGGGUUUACUGGUACAGAUCCAUUCAUGCGUAUCAAAGUCAACUUCACGACGCAGAUUGCAAAAAUUGCCGCAGCCAAUGGCGUUAACCUUUCUGGUUUUGAAGAAUUUUUCAUGGCAUGGCCAACCACCGACCCGCGGGGUGGGCCACUGGUGCCUUUUGAUGUCAGUCGAUAUCCAAAAGAUUUAGAAAUUUCUGUCCAUACGAGGAACUCACAAAACGACGUUUUUAUUCAAAGAGCUACUGCACUCAGUAAUAACGGGUACAAGGUGAUUUUGUCCCAGUCCGAUUUUCUCAGUUUUGACCACGCCCCUGAGGCAGACCCAGAGAGUAACGGCGACUACUGGGCCAUUCGCUUCAUUGACCCACUGCGAGUCUUCUCUUAUCUUCCUGAGCAUCGGUGCUGUAAUCUCAUACCUGAUGAAUUCACAUUUGGUAAAAUGCCGUUUGCACCAUAUGGAUGUAUUGACGAUAGCAACUGUUUGGAAGCCAAGCAACCCCAGAAUGUAACAGGAAUGCAGGCCCAGAUCUGGACGCCUAGGGUCAGAAACGAGGAACAACUCUUUGGCCUUCUAUUCCCCCGCCUGGUUGUCUUUGCGGAGAGGGCGUGGCACCGGGCUCCCUGGGAAGCUUCCUACAAGGUCAGGACUAACGUCAACGAGGACUUUCCUGUUCCGGAUUUAGCAGCACGUGAUGCUGACUGGGCGCGUGUGGCCAGUAUGAUUGGACAUCGUGAGCUCAAACGUCUGGAGGCGUACAACGUCAAUCCUAGAAUACCGCCACCUGGCGCGAGAAACAUGACUUACAAAGAUGCUAACAACACCAUUAAGCACGUGCUCCACACGGAUGUUGCGUACCCUGGGCUGCAGCCUCAGGUACAGGGGGGCAAGGACCAGUGGGCGGACAUCAAGCCAGCCACGGACAUCACCAGCCUCAACAUGAGAGUACUCAAUUAUAGAUCCAGAAAUGCUGCCAACAACAGAUACAGUAAAGUAGAUACCUAUGUAUUAGAGAGGCCACGGAAUGUGUUGGAGAAGCUGGUGGAUGCAGGACUUAUCGCACCCCCGCCAGGGAUCGAUAUCCCCCCGGGCUUUGGGACAACUAAUCCCUCAACAGACGUUCCCCCCAUAGCGGCGGUAUAAACCUUGUUCCCUCGCAGAUUUCACUGAGGGAUAAACAAGCAUGUAAAACGUAUAUGUAAAUGUAAUGCGUGAGAGGGGAGAUAAACAAUAAAAAAAUGAUGCACAAGUGCCGAAAGAAUCCGUUGGAAGUCCGGUUAUAUCAAAGUUGUCAAUAAAAUGUGAAAAAUGAGCAAGGAGUGGUUUCUUUGACUUAGUUUUGCCAUGCAGGUUUAAGAUUCUGUCUCUAUUUAUUUAUUUGUUUUUAACAAAUAUAAAAUUGGCAGGACAUCGCUAAGCGAACCAUUUCCCUUUUAAGUGAGUAAGCGCUCCCUAACUUUAAAUCUGUGUAUUUCUGGUGAUCGUCCUAAAACACAGCAGGCUGUGCAGACAAAAUGGAUACCGCGCGUGAUCGAUUUCUCUUCAUGGUGUUAGUUUAGAAAGUUUGGAAUAAAAUUACGUUCUU